AUGAGUCUCGACAUCGACAAAGAAUGCUGGAAUCGCUGGCACCCGGUCUUCAGUAGCCUCGCUGCGAAAUAUGGCUUUCCCGCCAAAAGCAUCUUCCAACUCGCCAGUCUUCUUCGCUUGCAUAGUGGUGAAGGAAGUACCUUCAGAAUCACAGGUGAACGUUGGCGAUUCGUCAUCGACGUUAUGCGCAGAGGCAAAGACAUUGUGGAUAUUAUCGCCAUCACUCUCAUCACCCGUCAUAAUCAGGACGACCGUCGCAAUGGCGCUGUCAUUGCAAGAGCAUGCAACAUUCACCCAACUCCGGCAGACAACAACCGUCCUGGGGGGCCUCAUCUGAGGUGGUAUCCGGUAACAAGUGGUGGCGAGGUUUACCAACACUGUUGCGACAAGGAGUGUACCAGCCCUGAUAAGUCUGGAUCCACAUCAAGAGGAACUUGGGAAACAUCCCGACUCCGUAUCAUCCAGAAGGCUUAUGAGCAGGAAGCCUUGCUCUUGAGACAGCUCUAUAAAGAGGCCACGGUGAAUGCAUCAACAAGCUUUCAGGCUUCGCAGCAGGACCCUCAGUCUAUGAAUGCAGGAGUCGCAAGGAGCAAAGAGACUAGUACGGGAAUUGACACGGGGUCCCAAGAAUUCGAGGGGUUCAAUCACCUUUCUCAGGGGCAGUCGCAGCACCUUGAGAAACAACGCCGCGACGAGGUAGCGUCGCUGCGCCGUGAUUUACAAUCAGCCAACAUCGAAACAAAAGCUCUUCGGGCACGAAACAUCCAACUGGACAAGGACAACGCUAGAAAGUCAGCCACCAUCGAAAAUGUGCAAAUGGAAGUGAUCCACGUUCGCCGUCAAAAAGCAAAUCUUCUCCUUGAAAAUAACGACCAAAUGGCAAGAAUUAGAGAACAGAGGCUUCUCAUCAGCGACUUCCUUCAGAAGAACCAGGAGCUUCAGACCGAGGUCACACAACACAAUGAAUUCGCCGGUCUCAACAAGCAGCUCGAGGCUGAAAAAGAUACUCUGGUUGAGCAGAACGAGAAACUCACGAACAAGCAAAACAACCUCAUUAAGAGCAGGCAGUCUCUUCGUGACAGCAAUGCCGAUCUCGAGGCCAAGAUGGAGAAGAUGGAACGAAAGAGGAUACGCAUGGACAACAAGUUCAAUAAGCUGGAGGCCAAGGCUCAGUCUCAAGAGAAACAAAUCGCCACAUUGACUGCGGCAAAUGAUGAAGUCAAUGAAGUCAGAGAAGCGAAUAUAGAGCUGAACGAGAAUACGGCGAAGCUCGAAGGCGAAAAAGAAGAGGCAAUCAAGAUCAGCGAAGGGCUCGUUGAGCAACUCACAGAGCUGGAGAACGAGCUUCUUCAAAGUCGCACCAAGGUCAGUCAGCUAUGGCAUGACAUGGAACUCAAGAACGAACACGAUAGACGCAACGAAACUGCGCUCGCGGAAGCUCAGCAGGACCUCAAGCAUCGCACCACGACGCAUUCGAACGAGAUUGAGAAGCUUAAGAAAGACAUCAGCGCCAAGGAAGCCAUCACGCAACGUCUCCAGGGUGAGAUACUCUGCCUUCAACAACGAUCGCAGGCCACCCCAUACACCCCGCGCCGUCCCUACGGAGUUGAAGACGAACCCCCUGUAUCCGCACGCGAGUUGCAAUAUCAGCGAACCAUCUCCCGCCAGGCCAACGAGAAGGCGAGUGAGAUGGAGAGCAAGCUCGACGCCAUGAAGUUGGCCAUGGAAGCCAUGAAGUCCGAGUUGCAGACGGAGAAGGCCGAAGUGAACGCCCGAAAGGCAGAGGUGGAUGCGAAGAAGGCAGAGGUGGAGGCGCUGGUGAAGAAGUGCGCCGACAAGAUGAAUGCAGCGAACGCAAAGGAGACGUACACGGUGAGCUUGGAGAAGCAGCUCGAGGAGCUGAGAGGUAGCAUGGAGGGCAUGCUCGGACGCGUGUCGGUCUACCAGGGCAAGAAGCGUCGCCGGACGGAGGGACCCGACUUUCAACUGUGA